GCCGAUUGGUGUUGCUUCUUACCUGAGUCGUCGUCGUGUUGCCGCCGUUCCGUCUUCGUGUUGCUGUCGCACCGUCGUCGUGUUGCCGCCGUUCUCGAAACCCCGACGCGAGGAUAAUACCCGCAGAAUAUAUCACACUCCUUGGAAAGGUGGUCGGUUUGAGUGUGGUUAAGUUAUAACUUGCGAUACGACGUUGUGUUGCUGCUGUGACCUUGUGUUGCUGCUGCAACAUUGCAUUGCGAACCGCCGACGACAGGAUAAAGCCCACUAAAAAUAAUUUAAACUAAUGAAACAAAAUAAAAUACUGUGGCAUGUGGUUAACUUGAUUUUAACUCUCAAUCGUUAGUGUUACUUAUUAAUCAAAUAAAAUCUUUUUGUUGCUGCUGAGCAAUUUGGUUGCUGCUGUGAUAGAACCUCUAACGCCAGGAUAAAUCCUUAUACAUAAAAUCCAACUCCUCUGGCAUGUGUUAAACUCAAGUGUAAAGUGUUCUUGGUGUUCCCCUUAUUUAAACUCCUGCCUCGAAGGACAUGGACUCCGAACAGGAGUCGAGUAACCACCGCGGUUCGGUCUCCUCCAGCCGUUCCCUGGAGAUUCCCGUCACGCCCUCGCGUUCCCCCAAGAAAGUGUCCUUCUCGGAUGAGCUGCCCCAGUCGCAGACUCCUGCCCAGCAGCCCAUCCAGCCGCCAGUUGCCACGGGAGUGAGUCACGUGCUGCAGCAGGCAGCUCAGUAUCUCGAGCGAUUGCACGGAUCACGUGACUCCCCCGAAGAGAAGGAGGAGCAAGUGCAGCCAGCUGGAGAUAGCAGUGAAGCCGCAGUUCUCGAUCUGGAUGCAGUGGAUUUCGGUGCGGGUGAACCGGCGGCAAGUGAUAACCCAAUUGUGGCCAGUUCGCCGAGCAUUCUGGUUGCCAGCGUUGUUGGCAUGCAGGAAGCGAUUGCCAGCGCAAAUGGAAAUGGAAAUGGAAAUCCGAAUCAGCGGCAAUCAAAUUUGUACACGGAACGAUACAACCUCAAUUUAGAUAAGAACUGCAGCUCCAUGGAGCUGGAGGCGCGCCGGGAGAAGCAGCGCUGGCUGCUCAUUUCCGAGUGCAGUGCACUUUUCGACGAGGGCGAGGGAAAGCACACGAGGGAGGCUUUCCGGAAGCUUUUCCUGGACGAGGAAUUCCAGCAGAAGCUCUUCCAGCUGUUCGAUCUCGAGCGGAAUGGCUAUCUCCUGCAAGAUCGUUGGAUCGAGCACCUCAAGGGUCGGCUAACUGACGAUCGCCAGAUGGACUUUGCCGAGCAGAUCGAAUCGGUGGUUUACGUGAUCUGUGGGGAAAACAGCAGGGUUAGUUUCAAGAACUUCCGCGAUAUUUGGCACACAAGAGGGAUUCUCGAUAAGCUGUACCGCCUGAUAGAAGUGGAUGGAAGCAACCUGGUGUCCACCAAUCAGGUGAUGGAGUUCAUCUCCCACCUGACCAACUCCCGUCCACGAACGGGAUUCGAUAAGAGUUCGCUGGCCCGAUUGGAGCAGCUUUUCCGGAACACCGUGGGAAACGAACAGGAGAUUCGGAGGGAGGAGUUCCAGAAAAUCGUCACCUCAAAGAAUCCCUUCUUCACGGAGCGUGUCUUUCAGAUCUUCGACAAGGACAACUCGGGCUCCAUUUCGCUGCAGGAGUUCAUUGAUGCAAUUCACCAGUUCUCUGGUCAGUCGGCCGAUGACAAGAUCCGUUUCCUGUUCAAAGUCUACGACAUAGAUGGUGAUGGGCUCAUCCAGCACAAGGAGCUGCAUGAUGUCAUCCGCCAUUGCAUCAAGGAGAACGGAAUGGAGUUCUCAGAGGACCAAAUCGAGGACCUCACCAGUGCCAUGUUCGAGGAUGCAGAUCCACACAACAGUGGAGAGAUCACCUACGAAGCGCUGAAGAACCAACUGCACAAGCAUGGUGGUCUCCUGGAAAACCUCAGCAUAACAAUUGAUCGCUGGCUGGUGCCAAUUGCUGAGGAUCGGCAGGCUGGAGGAGCCGCCAAGACCGGAAUUUGGAGCUCGCUUCCCCAUCAGUUCUCCCUGGCCUACAUGAAGAAUAACCAGGUGUUCGUGACGUACCUCUUCUUCUAUAUAUCCGUCAACCUGUGCCUCUUCAUAUCCCGUGCUAUUCAGUACCGAGCUAGCAAUGGAUUCGUCAUCAUAGCUAGAGCUUGUGGACAAUGUUUAAACUUCAACUGUGCAUGGGUGUUAGUACUUAUGCUGCGGCAUUCGUUGACUUACUUGAGAGGACGUGGACUAUCCUCGUACCUUCCGCUCGAUCACCACGUUUACCUGCACAAACUCACAGGAAUCACGAUCUCCGUACUCAGUUUGGUUCACACGAUAAUGCACCUCUUCAACUUUUCGAUCAUCGUGAUCAACGAUCCGAACAUUAAUGCUGGACAUUACACCAUUGGCGAGUGGCUGCUCACAGAUCGGCCAGGAUUGUUUGGCUUGAUUCCGGGAUGCGCCAAUCCCACAGGAGUUGCCUUAUUAACUAUAUUGGUCGUGAUGUUCGUGUGCUCCCAACCCUUCGUGCGGAGAAAGGGCAGCUUUGAGGUGUUCUACUGGACCCACUUGCUUUAUGUUCCCUUCUGGGUGCUGUGCCUGUUCCAUGGACCCAAUUUCUGGAAGUGGUUCCUGCUCCCGGGACUCGUUUACAUAGUUGAGCGGGCACUCCGCUUCAUUUGGAUGAAGGGAGAGCACGGCAAGACGUACAUCAGCUCUGGGUUGUUGCUCCCCUCCAAGGUGGUUCACCUGGUGAUCAAGCGACCGCACCACUUUAAUUUUCGGCCUGGAGACUAUGUCUUUGUGAACAUUCCAGCCAUCGCCAACUACGAGUGGCAUCCAUUUACGAUCAGUUCGGCUCCCGAGCAGGAGGACUACAUGUGGCUGCACAUACGCACCGUGGGCGAGUGGACCAAUCGCCUGUAUCGGUACUUCGAAAGGGAACAGCAGAAGCUGCAGCAGAGCGGCUCGUCGGAGGUGGUUCCCCAGCACAUGCACGCCAUUCCCACGCCCAGUUUCAUGCUCCUCAACGAGUCCAGGAAUCCAGCGUUGGCCGGAGAGCGAUCUGCCACACCGCAAACGGAUUUCCUGGCCAGAAAUCUGGCCGUGCAGGCGGUGCCACCAGUGCGUCCUCCUCGCCAGAAUCGAAAGCCAGCGGGAGGUUCUGCCGCCGAUCCGCCACCCACAGGGGUUAAUCGCAUCCGCAGCAUCAAGAAGAGCCUGCAGAGAACGUUCUCCCGGAAGGAGACAGUGGAGCCCAAGAAAGGCAUUCCAAACGGAGCUUUUGUGGGCGAUGGCGAGCGGGAAGACAUCAGCUUGAAGCAGCGACCACUGGAGAAGAGCAUCUCUUUGCCAGACAUCAGCGUGAAGAAAAAGAGGAGUCGCCUCAAGGCCCUUCGAGCCUUGGGUCGCUCCGAAUCCGAAUCCGCCUUCGAUGAGAAGCGGGUGCGUCGCGCCAGGAACAACAGCGUGGGAUUGGCCUACCUCAGUCCGCAGAACAAGUCGCUGGCGCAGAGCUUCCGCUACAUGCGCACCAAGCCCACAAUCAUCGCCUUCAAGACGCCCAGCAUGGAGGAGCGGGAGCACCAGCUGGCGGCUGGGGAGGCCAAUGGCGCAAGUCCUGCCAGCAGGGCGGAGCAGGGUCAACUGGGUGGGUCCAGGCUGGAGGCGGUGGACAAGCUACAGGUGGCCAGACUCAGUCUGGCAGCCGAGGUGGCCUCCAAGCCACUGGAGGACCAAACACAGACGGGAUCCGGCAGCAGAAAGUCCAUUCUGCGGCGUCCCACUUUCCUGCGCUCCCUGUCCACCUCCAUAAAUAACAGGUCAGGCGGCGGCGGUGGCGGUGGAGGAUCGACUGGUAGCUCCACAACUAACAGCGGUGGCAAAGUCACACUCGAUGCGGGAGUCAUGGAGAUCUUCAUCGAUGGUCCGUAUGGAGCGCCCUCGAGUCACAUCUUUGGUGCCCAGCAUGCGGUGCUCAUAGGAACGGGCAUCGGAGUCACUCCCUUCGCCUCCAUUCUCCAGUCCAUUAUGCAUCGCUACUGGAAGGCACGGCACAGCUGUCCGAGGUGCCAGUUCGAGUGGGCCAGCGAGAUACCCAAGUCUGUGAUGAACCUGCGCAAGGUGGACUUCUUCUGGAUCAACAGGGAUCAAAGAUCCUUCGAGUGGUUCGUCAAUCUGCUCUCCCAGCUGGAAAUCGAGCAGGCGGAACUCGGUGGCGCCAUGGAGCGCUUCCUGGACAUGCACAUGUACAUAACGAGUGCCCUGCAAAGAACCGACAUGAAGGCGGUGGGUCUUCAAUUGGCCUUGGAUUUGCUGCACGAGAAGGGCAAGCGGGAUCUAAUCACUGGGUUGAAGACCCGCACCAAUGCAGGAAGACCCAACUGGGACAAGGUGUUCAAGCAGCUGCAGGCCCAGCAGAAGGGCAAGGUCACCGUCUUCUAUUGCGGUCCGCCUCAGUUGGCCAAAACGCUGAGAUACAAGUGCGACCAGUAUGGAUUCGCCUUUCGUAAGGAGUGCUUCUGAACAAGUCAUCUCUAUCUCUCGCCUCCAUCUCCUCCACCUCCUCCUCGUCCACUUCCACAUCCAACUCCCGCUCUGUGUCAAUACCCCUCGUUCAUCGUGUUCUCAUUUGCAUAAGCAACGGGUUUAUUUCGGGUUCGGUUCGGUUUAGCUUAGCUUAGAUGGCUAUUUAUUCGUCACUUGUCUUGUUGCCUCAUUGUUGAGUAUGUCCCCAGCUUGUAAAUAUCUAUAUCUAUCUGUAUAAUCUAUGUGCUCAUGCAAUAAAGUUUGUUACCCAA